AUGGAUAUCUACUUGACGUUUCUUCUUAUACUUACAUUGACCACUUUUUGGUGAGUGCAUUCCAUUUCGAGCCCGGUCGGUCCAUGUGUGUAUGUUUUGCCAACAUUGCAAGAGCUCUAACCAGCCCAGCUAAACCCAAGGCACAAGCAAUGACGGUGACGACGACGCGACGCGGCGGUCGGAACGGACGGACAGACGAACCGAGACGAAGACCGUGAUGAUCAUGUUUUGAUCCAGCUCGCUCGCGCAGUUCCAUGGUAGAGUUCCCGACGAUAAGCCGCACGUCGCACGAGAGAUCCGUUCCUCGUUCAUAUUUGGUGUCGUUGCAUAUUUUCACAGUUCCUCGAGAGUUCUGUGUGGGUAAUUUUUCGAGAAGAAUGGUGAAGGUUUGGGUGAUCGGAUUCGCCUCGGAUCAAGUGUCGCCGAAACAGUAGUGACAAAAGUGAUAACGAGAUAUUGGGGUGAUCCUGCGAAGGGCGUUGAAAUUGACCUACCUGGGAGAGAUAGGUCGCGCAAGUCGCGCGUCGAUAAGUGUGACAAAGUUGGAAAACUCGUUUCGGGAAUUGAUGGUGCUGUUGCUGGUUAUUAUUAUUGCUGGUACUGGUUCAGCUGGUGGUUCGAAGUUGAAGGUGUUUCCAGUAGUGAGAAGAGAGUGAGAAGCUGGCUGGAGGGCCCAGAGAGUGUGUCGAUCGCGCGCGCGGUGAGUCUCGAUCUCUGGCUGCAGCAGCGCAGUGCCAUGUCAUGAAGUGCUGUGCUGUGAAGAAGAAAACAAACAGGAAAAACCAGUGAUACUGAAAUCGAAAAGAUUUGUGGAUUGGUGUGCGAUUGGUCAAAAGUUGGCAACUUUGGGCCCGUUGUCGAUUGGGGGCUGUUAUUGUUACUGUUGUUGCUGGUGGAGUCCGGAGUCUGGAGAUGAAGAAAGAAUCGCAAUAACAACAGAAGAGAAGAAGUAAAAGAGUUGCUGGAUUUAGCAUUGAAAUCGGUGAGCUGAAGUGCGAAGUUUUCGAAGUCAGUUUUGCAGUCCUAUCUGAUGCAGUGACCGGAUUACAGAAAAGGAGCAGAAACGGAGCAGUUUUCUGGCAAAGGCAGACAUCAUCGUGGGUUCGUUGAAACGUCGUUUGAGCUCGCGCCAGUAAUUGAUGCCAUCCACAUCACACAUCAUCGCAAUUACAACCGAUACAGUUGGGAGACCCCGUUCAGCACGUCAUUCUCAACGUCGUCGCGUCAAGGGUGAAAUGACCCAAAACACUCAUCGUCAAUUCGGUUGAUUGAGUUUUGGGCUGCUGCUGAUUGCAGUGUUUCAGCUAUUUCAACAGAAAGGUGUUUGGAGUGCUCCCCUCAACCCCUCUCGAGGUUGUUGUUAUUGGACAAACACCCCCUGGAUCAGUGACUUGACUACAAUAGGGCCGAUUGUAGAAUCGUUGUUGGCGGCGCAUAAUUACGAACCCAUCUUCGUUUUGCUCGGGUCGGGCUGCGUGCAGUCAACUUCCCGGCCCAAAACGGACCGAAGACAAAUUAAAAGUGCGAGUGUGAGGAGUGAAAAGUGAGAAAGCAAACAACAGACGAAAAAGAAAAGGUUUGAACCCGAAAUCAUCCGUGAACCUGGCUGCAGGUUGCGGCGGGGACUACGAACUCCGCCCGGUACGGGGAUCAACUAACUGAGAACGAAGCGAGAGCACAGAGAGGACAAACGAGCGAAUCGAGAGCAUCACGAAUCCUCCCGUCCCGUGGGACCAUCAUCAGUCAUCGUCGGAACGGCCUAGGCGACGCGCGUUCGUUCGUUUGCUUUCCCAUUUCUCUGCGGACACGAUCGAGAUCGGCCUUAUAGGUACGAAGCUACGGGGAGUUGCGCGUGCGUUAAACACAUCCAGGUGCUCGCGAGCGCGGUUAACGCUUUCCAGAUAAUUUAAUUCACACACCCCGAAACGGUUAUUCUUGUUCCCCAAGUGGCCAGCAGCAGCAAUAGUGAGUGGUGGUUAAUCAGGCCCUGGCGCGGUACGGUGAAGAAGACCAAACACAAGUAGAAAAAGAAGAAGAAGAAGAAGUGAUUGUUUGGUAGAAGGCCCUUCUUCUGGUAGGGGUCAAAAAAGAAGCGAAGCAGAAGAAGAAACGGUGAAGAAGCGGGUGGCUGGUUGGCCAGCAGCAGUGGCAGCCGCUCCUGAAGUGGGAAGAUAAAGUGAUUUCAUGCACGAGAAACCUGUUUUGGAUCCGUGUGUAGCGGGUGGGCUUUGGAGUGAUUCGUUCGUAGCAAGUCGAUAAAAGUGCGGUUUUAGGUUUUGUGAAAUGUACUCCUGAAGCUUUCCACCAUCCCGUCAGAAGGAGGCUGCGCCACUCUCGAAAGCGUCGUCGUCGUCCGCGUCACCGAGUGCAGUAACAGAGAGACUUGGUCAAUUCGGUGACCAAGAUGUGAAGUAAGUGUGCGCUGCGCAACUGUGUGUUGUUUAGGAGCUAGCAGCAGCAAGAUAACAACGCGCCUUGAAGUGAAGUGCUGAAGAACUCUCGUCUUCGUCGGCGAUUGGGCUCAUCGACUAACUGCGCAAUGUCCAAUCACCAGCUAGGCGCUUGUUGUUGUUGAGUUUCAAGUGCUAGGCAAUUCUUGCCAAUUUGGACGAGUUCAAGUUCUGCGAAAAAAAUCCGUGAUCGAAGAAAGUGAGAAGCGAUUGUUGUUCGUUGCUGGGCCCGCAAAUUGAUCUGCCCUUCGGCUGCUGCGCGGCGCAGCGCCAUUAAGUGCAAAGUGAAACUGAAAACUGUGCGCGAAUAUACUACGGGCAGCCGGAGAAGAAAUACAGGUUCGCCGCAAGCGCUGUGGAAGAAAUCGGUCUUCGGGGGGGAAGGUGAUCCGGUUUUCAGGACCAAAGCCAGGGCGGCGGGGGGAGCCAGAACCCGCAGCAAACAAGGCCUCCUAAAUGAUUCCGUGCGUGAGCUUGACCGAAACCAGUGUCCUUGGGAAUAUGAAAGAGCGCGUUAAAGAGAUGCGCGUCUUCGGUUGUCGACUCAACUUCUGGAACAAUGUUACCGCUAAUUUUAGCAACAAAGGUAACGGAAGUUCACCCGCCCAAAACUCGUCUCGAAGCAUCAGCCCCAACACGCAGACCGUCCACCACCCCAACGGUCACCUGCAGCAGGGCUCACAUCUCAUCUCGGGCUCCGGAUUGGAUCGGACGCUACAGCAGCAGCAACAGCAACAGCAAGGGCAGCAGCAGCCGCCGCACUCACCGAACCAGCCCGGCAAUCAGUCACCGCAGUUACAGCAGAACAACCCGCAACAGCUACAGCCCCAGGGCCCGAACAAUUCCCAGCAGUCUUCCCACUCGCCCUCGCUGCAGCAUCAACAGCUGCAGCACCAGCAGUCUUCCCAGUCACAUCACCUCAACAGCAGUUCCAGCAGUUUAGGCAACAUCACGCCCUCCUUCGCUCAGCCUCAGUCCCCCACCCACUCAUUCAAAACGGCGUCCAUCAACGGUGCAGGUCAUCAUACGAACGGAGGCGAGCUAAAUAUGCCUGGUGGUCCGACUGCAGCGCCCGGAACACCAAACUCAAAGGCUAAGGAUGUCUCGCCCCGGGUCAAGAUUGUGGUCGCCCUGUACCCCUUCAAGGCGAUCGAGAGUGGCGAUUUAUCGCUGGAAAAGAACGCCGAAUACGAAGUGAUCGAUGACUCCCAGGAGCACUGGUGGAAGGUCAAAGAUCAACACGGCACCAUCGGAUACAUCCCCAGCAACUACGUCAAAGAGAAGGAACUGCUCGGGCUGCAAAAGUAUGACUGGUACGUGGGGGACAUGUCCCGCCAGAGGGCCGAGUCGCUGCUCAAACAAAACGACAAAGAAGGUUGCUUCGUGGUGAGAAAGUCAUCCACCAAGGGCCUCUACACUCUAUCGCUACAUACCAAAGUACCCCAAUCCCAUGUAAAACACUACCACAUCAAACAGAAUGCCCGCAGCGAGUUUUACCUCUCGGAGAAGCACUGUUGCGAGUCGAUCCCGGAUUUGAUCAACUACCAUCGGCACAACUCCGGUGGUCUAGCGUGCAGACUGAAGACUUCCCCCUGCGAUCGACCAGUGCCGCCGACUGCCGGGUUAUCUCAUGACAAAUGGGAAAUCCACCCCUCGGAGCUGAUGAUCCUGGAGGAGCUGGGUUCCGGCCAGUUCGGAGUGGUCCGCCGAGCCAAAUGGCGCGGCUCGAUCGACACGGCCGUCAAAAUGAUGAAGGUCGGCACCAUGUCCGAGGACGAUUUCAUCGAGGAAGCAAAAGUUAUGACAAAACUCCAACACCCGAAUCUGGUACAACUGUACGGCGUAUGCUCCAAGCAUCGACCCAUCUACAUCAUCACCGAGUACAUGAAGCACGGUUCCCUGCUGAACUAUCUGCGAAGGCACGAGCAGUCGUUGAUCGGAAACAUGGGUCUUCUGCUCGAUAUGUGCAUACAGGUCUGCAAAGGAAUGUCCUAUCUGGAGCGACACAACUACAUCCACCGGGAUCUGGCGGCACGUAACUGUCUGGUCGGAUCGGAGAACACUGUGAAGGUGGCCGAUUUCGGCCUGGCACGGUACGUGCUCGACGAUCAAUACACCAGUUCUGGCGGCACCAAGUUCCCCAUUAAGUGGGCCCCACCGGAGGUACUAAACUACACCCGAUUCUCGUCGAAGAGUGAUGUUUGGGCGUACGGCGUCCUCAUGUGGGAGGUGUUCACGUGCGGCAAGAUGCCCUACGGUCGCCUAAAGAACACCGAAGUGGUGGAACGUGUCCAGCGAGGAAUCAUUCUAGAAAAACCCAAAGCAUGUGCGAAGGAAAUUUACGACGUGAUGAAAAAAUGUUGGUCGCACAGCCCCGAAGACAGACCCGGCUUCCGGAUACUCAAGGAUCAGCUGGCAGCGGUAGCGCAAGGUCUCACCGAUUAAACCUCUAUCUCUAUCCUCCCGAUCCAAGGGUGCAAUCUCGAUUUGCAAUCUUCAACCCAGGCACAGAUUCACAUUUAAGACAACACACCCCCUUUAUACACACACCUACAAACAAACCCACACCAGGAGAACAAAUUCGUCGUCGUAUAUUAAUAUAUACACACAGCAUAUACCUAAUGGAGAAUCGAAGAAAAAUACCAAUUUUAUCCUAGAAAACUAGUAGGGAAUUCUGUUUUGUCGUUUUUGGAGCAUCUCUAUCUAUCUGUCGGACGUUGUUCAUCCUGUUGUUGUCGACCCAGCCAUGUUCAUUUUGUUUGUAUAGUUAAAAACCGGAUAUCAUGCUUUUCACAGAGAGAACAAAUAGAAUCCAACUUGACCAUAUCUUUGGGAGACCGACAGCCAAAACCAGAAAGCAGUAAACUAGUUCCCAAGUUUAAACCAGACGACGUGAGCAAAAAUUUAAAACACUCCAGUUAAUAGACUACUAGUAGAGAUAUUACAUAACCUCUUCCAGGAUAUAGUGUUAUACAACCAGAUUAAUAGUAGAUUGAAGCAAGUCAUAGUUUUCCCAUUUUUUUUUGGUUUUCUACGUGGUCCCGACACUUGUCGGUGGUGCUCUGAUUGAGGGAGAAAUGGGGGACCGAACCAGCAUUCCUAAGCAAGGCGCUGCCGUAAUUCAAACUUCUCAUAUUCCGUGUCAAACUAUGUAUGGAACUAUUGCUUGGGUUUUCACAAUUACAGACUGAUGCACCACCCUAAUUUUUACACAUUCAAUGAAAAAGUUGCUGAGCUGCGCGGUGCUUUGUUUACCGUUGUUAUCGAGAAAUUCAAUCCAUCCGAGCGUUGCACAUCAAUUGAUUUGUAUUGCUAUUUUUUGAAGUUUGAAAAAAGGUUUUCUUUGCGAUAUCGAGUUUGCAGAUGUUGCUCCAAAGCUGCCAUUCUUGUCCUUGUCGAUCAUCUCAUUAGAAGUAUCUCUAGGAAAAGGGAAAUUUCACAUAUUGUAGACACUUUGCCUUUCGUACCACUCAUAAGGUUAUGGGCAAUAGUGAGGGUGACUUCUUUUGAUACUUCCACCCUCAA